CUCUCAUUCGUGGUUGCCUGAUAAACACCAAAAGCCGAUUAAUCGAAACUAGACUUACGUAUCCCUAUUAGUAUUGCCAGCCAUUAGUAUUUAUAUUUAUUUACAACGAACAGAGUCGUCGUACACAGUCGUCGGAGGAAAGAAGAAAAAGCAUUUCAUAUAAUUUUAUCAGACACUUUCACAAUAUAUCGAAUCGAAGCAAGAAGAAGAGAGAAGUUGUAGAAAUAGUGCCGACGACAAACUCAAUUCAGUUUGAUUAAUAAUUUUACAUCUAGACUCGGUCGUAAGAGAGGCAAUAAACUUUUUCACUUUGCAACUGCUGGUGUUGACGAAGACACAAUGGCCUGGCGUUUUAAAGCAUCCAAGUACAAGAAUGCAGCACCUAUUGUACCCAAGCCGGAAGCAUGUAUACGUGACAUAUGUGUAGGUUCCUAUCAAACCUAUGGCAAUAACAUUGCCGCCUCGGCCGCCUUUAUGGCAUUCAAUUGGGAACACACGGGCUCCAGUGUGGCUGUACUGCCAUUGGACGAUUGCGGACGUAAAAGCAAGACCAUGCCAUUGUUGCAUGCCCACUCGGAUACGGUAACGGACUUGGGUUUUUCACCAUUUCAUGAUGGGCUGUUGGCAACGGCCUCACAGGAUUGUAUGGUUAAGAUAUGGCAUAUACCGGAAAAGGGCUUGGAGACGUCGCUAUCAGAUCCGGAGUGUGUCUUUUCGCAUAAACAGAGGCGGGUAGAGACAGUGGGCUUUCAUCCCACCGCCGAUGGUCUGUUGCACUCAACAUCGGCUGGUUGUGUGACGCUGUUUGAUUUGACGGCCCAAAAGGAGAUUUAUUCAAACAAUGAACAUCCAGAAGUCAUACAAUCAGCCAGCUGGCGUCAAGAUGGCACUGUAAUUGCCACCAGUUGCAAGGAUAAAUUUGUGAGGAUUUUAGAUUGUCGUGUCAAUGGUUCUCCCAUACAAAUGUCGGCUGAGUCCCAUCAAAGUAUUAAGGAUUCUCGUGUUGUGUGGCUGGGCAAUCAGUCACGCAUAUUGACCACUGGCUUUGACUCGGCCCGUUUAAGACAGGUCAUAAUACGUGACAUACGUAACUUUGCGGUGCCAGAAAAAACCCUGGAAUUGGAUUGUUCCACGGGUAUUUUAAUGCCGCUCUUCGAUGCUGAUACCAAUAUGUUAUUCCUGGCCGGCAAGGGUGACACCACAAUCAAUUACCUCGAGGUAACCGACAAGGAUCCAUACUUAAUUGAGGGACUACGCCACACGGGUGAACAGACCAAGGGUGCUUGUUUGAUACCAAAACGUGCCCUUAAAGUUAUGGAGGGUGAAGUAAAUCGAGUGCUACAAUUAACCUCAAAUAUGGUUAUACCAAUUAUGUAUCAGGUACCACGAAAGACUUACAGAGAUUUCCAUAGUGAUUUAUAUCCCGAUACGGCCAGCUGCCGCACUGAGCUGACGGCCGCAGAAUGGAUGAAUGGUUGCAACAUGGCGGUGCCCAAAAUGAGUUUAGAUCCUGCCAAACGUGAUUUGGGCGAUGCACCUGUUGUUAUCCAUCGUGGAAACUUAAAAGAAUACAUUAAAAAUAUCGAAAACAAAAAACUCAAUAAUGGCAGCCAUACAAUUCCUCCCACAACACCCCCAACACAACAAAUCAUUGCCAAAUCUUUGAAAUCUCCCAAACAAGAAGUUGUCGAAACGGAUGAACUGUCAAAUAUUUUCAAAAAAUUUGAUAGCAAAUAUAAAACUGAUUCAGAAAAGGAAUGUGGCGAAGACAACAUGAUGCACGAUGAUGAUGGCGGCUCACCGUCACAAGACUCACCCAAUACCGAGGAUUCUUCGUCGUCCGUGCCCAAACCAAUGCCUCGUACUUCACGCAAUAAUUCGUUGCAAGAUUCAAUGCCAAAUUUGCCAAUGGAUGCCAACAAAGUUAUGCCCAAGCCAAGGCCACGUACCACGGCCAGUGCCUAUAAGCCACGCCUGGGUCCCAAACCCUUCUCGAGCAAUGCUGCAGAUGUUACCUUUGAUAAGGUAUUUGCUGUACCCGUUGCCCCCGGAUCUCAAGAAAAUCUAUCGAAUACAAAGUCAGAGACACCAGUUACCCAUGAAACUGAUUCAACUUCGCCAUCGGCCACGAAACCAGAUCUAAUCGUAGAAAUUGAGAUUAAAAAGACUACCACAGAAACUGAUAAUAAUGAAAACAAUGGACUACAAAAAUCGUUAUCUACGUCAGAAAGGCGUAAAUCUUCACUGGAUGAUGAAGAUUCUAGCGAGAAGAUCUUUGAACAGAACCAUUCCGAGUCAUCGGAAAACUCGACCGAAGGCGAUGACAAGGCUGAAUCGGAGUUGCGUAGAUUUUCACCAGCCCGCAAUAGUAUUGCCGAGCGACGACGCUUGUAUGAGUUACACUCAAAGAGUACUACCGAGGAACGGGCUCAGUCACCAGUGCCAUUACGCCGUGAGCUAUCCAAAGUUGAUUCCACAAAAUCCGGUUCGAUUGAUAUCAAACGAACUUCGGUGCCCGAGGGUAAAUUGCUCGAAGAGAAACGUCGCAAUUUGCCAGCCAAAGAGGUUUGCGACAAUGGUUCAGCGGCAGCCAUUAAGAAAUCUGCCACCGAAACAGCCAUCACCACAUCCACCAAACGGACAUCCACGGUAUUUGGCAAAGUUUCCAAAUUUCGCCAUCUCAAGGGUACACCCGGCCACAAGUCGACACACAUUGAAAAUUUGCGCAAUCUGAGCCGUCAAAUACCAGGUGAAUGCAAUGGAUUCACCGCCAAUCAUGAACGUGUGGCCGUACCCCUUUCGGGACCGGGUGGUAAAAUUGCCAUUUUUGAGCUAAGCAAACCGGGACGUUUGCCUGACGGUGUCAUACCCUCACUGGUGAAUGGUAAUAAUAUCAUGGAUUUCCAAUGGGAUCCAUUCGAUGCCAAACGUUUGGCUGUGGCUUGUGAUGAUGGUAUGGUGAAAUUUUGGCGCAUACCCGAGGGUGGUUUAUCCGAACCAACCAAUACACCCGAACAGGAGCUGAAUUCCCAUUUGGAUAAAAUCUAUUUUAUACGUUUCCAUCCUUUGGCUCAGGAUAUUCUGCUAACGGCUAGCUAUGAUAUGACCAUUAAGCUGUGGCACAUACCCACCAUGGAGGAGAAAUGUGUUUUGACCGGGCACACUGAUCAAAUAUUUGACUUUGCCUGGAGUCCAUGUGGCAAGUAUGGUGCCACCGUCAGUAAGGAUGGUAAGAUACGCAUAUAUAAUCCCAGGAAAUCGGAGACACCAAUUCGUGAAGGCAAUGGACCGGUUGGUACGAGAGGAGCUCGUAUUGUCUGGGCUCUGGAUGGGCAGUAUAUUGUGUGCACAGGAUUCGAUAAGGUAUCUGAGCGCCAAAUCAGCGUCUACAAGGCGGACAGUUUGAAUGCUCCCCUCAAUACGGCAAGUUUGGAUGUAUCACCCUCCAUACUCAUUCCCUUCUACGAUGAGGACAGUUCAACAUUGUUUGUCACGGGCAAAGGUGAUUCCACCAUCUAUUGCUAUGAGAUAACCGAUGAAGAACCCUAUAUAUGUCCACUGUCACAUCAUCGUUGUACAUCGUUGCAUCAGGGCUUGAGUUUCCUCACCAAGAAUCAUUGUGAUGUGGCAAGUGUGGAAUUUUGCAAAGCCUAUCGUUUGACAAACACCACCAUUGAACCGUUGAGUUUUACUGUGCCACGUAUAAAGAGUGAAUUAUUCCAAGAUGAUCUAUUCCCACCUACACGUGUCACUUGGCUACCCACAAUGACGGCCGAAGAAUGGUUUCUAUCGAACGAUAAGAAACCGAAAAAGAUUAGUCUACAACCCGAGGGCAUGGAUACAUUGUCCUCCAUACAGCCCGUGGUUAGCCAGACCAAGCGUACGGAAAAUGUUACAACGUCUAAUGAUAAUUUUUCAAAUAAAUUUGAAUCGGAUAGAAUCAAGCAGAAAGAGAUACAAAAAUCGGUUAGUGCACGCAUGGAAUACAACACCAAAUUGGAGCAAGACGAUAUGGAAGGUGUUGAUGAAACUGAAUGGCAAGAUUAAGUUUUCAUUUUUUUUUUAAUUUUUGGUAAUUUUUAAUAGCCAAGCAAAAACCAUACUAGUUUAAGUUAUUUGUUUAUAUGAACGAAAAAAAAAAGAAAGUAAGAAAGAAAGAUAAUUAAAAUUAUGAUCUCCUCUCCAACAACCCCCCAACACCCACCUUAAAUCCCAUAAGAAAACGGGAAAUUUCCCGAAAACAAAAGAAGCUCCUUUUAAUAUUAAUCCUCCAUGAUCCAUGUUUCAGUGUUUUUGCUUAGUCUUAGGCAAUAAGUGUAAGAAUUUUUGCUUUGAUAUAAUUUAUGGCAUAUUUAUUACUUUUCUGUCUCUAUCACCCUCUAACACUAUUUUUUUUUGGAAUUCUCUGUCCAGCCAUGACAAUUUUAAGUUUUAAAAGAAAUUUAAGAGAAAACCUAAACUAACUAUUUUUACAACAACACUUGAAGAAAAAAAACAAAUGAAGACGAAGAAGAAUAUGAUGAAGAACUUGUUUAAUACACAACUUUAGAUUUAAUUUUGAACUAAACAAAAGGAAAACAAAACAUCCUCUACAUACACAUACAUAUAUUUUUUGUAUCUAGUCUAUAGUAUUUUAUGUUAUAUUGUAUUUUUGCUCUGUUAUAUAAACUAUCUUAUCUAUCGAUAUCUAUCUAUACCUUCAAUCUUUACCCAAGAAUUUCCCUUAACUUUUUGCAUUCAUUUCUUUGACAUUUGGAGAAAACAAAAGACAUCUAUUCCUUUAUAAAGAAAAGUAUUCUGUUAAACAUGUAAAUGAAAUCAAUUCCAUUCCUUAUAUUUGAUAUUCCGCAAAACAAUAUGGAUCCGAAUGGAAUAUGGUUCAAAUUCAUUCGACCAUAUUUCAAAUCAUCCAAUAAACAUGCACUCACAUGACAUGACUUUGCUCUCUCAAUUUGGCCAAUUUACAAAACGGGAACAAGUCCUGACCAAUAGACUGAUCAACACUACCAACAAUUUGAAGAAAACAAACGAAAAAGACAAAAACUAACUAAAAAUACUCUCCUUUGAC